GAGAAUCAGUUCUCCAACAUUCGUCUUGAACAAUUCUCUAAUAUCUCUUCCUAUUGCAAGGCGUUGAAGCUUCUUUCCGAUCAAUUGGCCAAUGUCGAUUCCCCCGUUGACAAUAAGCGUCUUGUUCUCCGCUUAGUCAAUGGCCUGACCGAGCCAUAUGAUGUGGUUGCUUCUCUUAUUCAGCAAGCGGAUCCCUUACCUUUAUUUUCUAAGGCUCGGUCCAUGCUGACACUUGAAGAAGCACGGAAGAAACAACAACACGGACAGUCCCAGGAAACUGCUAUGUUGCACAAUGCGCCGCCGCCGCCACCGCCGGGUCCGCCGCGUCCCAGUGAACCCCCAACACAUUCUCGCUCGGAUGGCAGGAAUUCUCGAUCCCGCGGUCGUGGUGGCUCCUCUCGGGGUGGUCGUACCCGUCAAACACCACGCAGUGAUGUAUCCGCUUCUACUCCGGCUAUGCCCCGUCCGCUGCAGUGGUCUUGUCCCCCGUGGGCUUACUGGCCGCCACCUCAGUGGGCAAUCCCUCCUUGCCCGGUACCCACAACACCCUGGGGAGGUCCACCGGUACCUCGGGCAUCGGCAGGUAUUCUUGGUCCUCGUCCCGCUCAGGCUUAUGCGGCUACUCCUACCGACAUUCAAGCCGCCAUGCAUACUAUGUCUCUCUCCCCACCGGACGACAACUGGUACAUGGACACCGGGGCCACGUCGCAUAUGACAUCAUCGUCGGGAUCUCCACACGGGGGCGCCACUUCUGAGGUGUAAUAGUUCCGGUCAACUCUACCCAGUUUCAAAGUCCUCCGGGCCAUUAUCCUAUCCCUCGUCGGCUUUGUUUCACACUUCUGGUGAAAUAUGGCAUGGUCGGCUUGGUCAUCCCGGGGAUCCAGUUUUUAGAUUACUUAGAACAAAUAAUGCUAUUCAAUGUAAUAAAUUGUUUUCCCAUUCUUGUACUUCAUGUCAAAUGG